GUAUCAGAGUAGGAAGAGUAGAGGAGAGGACACAGCUGGGGGAAGGGAGUAAAGAUGAGCCAGGGUUGCUACUAAAGGUCUUUUUGUCAUCAAGCUGAACUUGUGAUGUAAGGUAUCUAUCCCAUGUCUUCUAGUCGUUAUAAUUUGCAUAAUUUUUGAUCUUUUAAGAGAGAUGUUAACGAUGGAGAAGUAAAAACUUUACAACUGCAAGACAAAUGAUCCUUGAAAACAAUUCUGUGAAGUCUUCUUUAAUACUCAGUGAUUUGUAAGUGCUAAGCUUUUUUUUCUUAUAUUACUGCAUAUGCGCAAACUACACAGGUCUAGAGAUUUUUUUUAUAUACUUUUAUCAUUUGUAUUGUAUGUUAUGGUAUAUCAUAAGGACAGUUAAUUAAUGAUUCUUAUUCAUCUUCUUUAAACCAGCAAAACCUUGUGGGUUAAUAUUGUUUUGCAUGCAUUCACCAUUCUCAACAUUUCAGGAUAAGUGGAAAACUCAUGAAUGCAUUUCUGUGGUUUUGCAUUAGGCCCAUUGGUAAAGCAUUUUUACUGCCAUAGUGGAACAGUAUUUAGUAUGACAUAUUGAUCUUGGAUUCUAACAGGCACUUUUGGCUAAUUGUUCUUUAAAAAGGUUUUCUAGAUCAUAUGAGAGCAGGUUCAUCAUAUAGCACUUCCUAAGGACGUGAAGGAUUUCAUUACCUUUUGUAAACUGUGCAAUGACUUGUCUCAGUUUCUGUAUCUUCAGUUUUCUGUGGCAAAAACAUGUUGCCACAGUUUUUUGGGUUCUACAGUUCUUAAUAUGUAUCCACUCUAUUAACGAGAUUAAACGAAUAUUAUAAAAUUCUGAUGUAGUAAAGGAAAAGGGCUCAUAUCUUAGUUUCAUGGCUGAUUUAUAAUGGUUUCCACCACUCGCACAAACAUCAAAGCAACAUCAAAAUAUUCAUCUGAGUUGUUUUUGAUGAUUGAGCAAAUAAUUGGUGUACCAAACCUGAUUUCAUGAUCUCCUUUUAGGCAGUGGCAUUUUCAGCACUAGGCAUUAAGUUCUUCUAAACUAGUUUGAAGGAUAAAUUUGAUGCUUUACAAGAUUACUGCAUGAAAGCAGGCUAAAAACAGACACCUGUUUGGUGUUUUAGUGGUUCAGUUGUUUUCAUUCCUAACGAGCUACCAGUCUGUGCCCAGUUGGCGUGUGAAACAAUACAGGUCGUCUAUGCCCAUUUGGCCAAAGUUUAGACAAUUUGGAUUGUUUUAUUGUUUCACUUCAAUACAGAAGCACUUAGCCUAAUUCUUCAAGUUACUAAAGUUGUCUUCCUGCCUGUUAAAAGUUCUGUGCAUUCCACUCUGCAUUGUUAUGAUUUCAAAUGUAGAAGCAAAUCAAUAGACUACAGGAAAAAGAAUGGACAAGUGGAAGAAAAUUCCCUAUGGGGGGAAAUCCAGCAGUCAGAUUUUAGUUUGCACAAUUUCUAGUCAUUGAAAUUAGAAGUGUCAAGACAAUGAUCAUUCGCUGCUGCCAAUAAUACACAACUGUCUGAGACAGCUUUUAGUUUUAUUCUGCUGCAUUUUAGUGUCAGUACAUAUUAAUAACAGCAUCAGAAGCUUUUCACUUUUAAAAACCUGUAUAAUUCUCCGUUUUGUCCUUUAUUGUCUUUAUUUGUCUUUUUCUGUUGCAUUUCUGUAUAUCCUCCUCCCAUGAUGCGUCUUCUUAAAAGCUACUGCACAAGUAUAACACCAAACAGUGAAAUAGUGAAACAAACAAAAUUCUGAUGGUGAUAGAAAAUUUUACUGGAUUCACUGAUGUGUUUUGUAAAUAGUGCCAAAGACAAUCCAAAGUACAAAUGCAACUAAGCAAAGUAUAGAACAUAUAAAACACAUCAAAGACUUGAACUGAGAAAAUCUACAAGUUCUUAGAAAAGUAUUGGCUCAUUUUGAUUUUGAUGGCAGCAACGCACCUCCAAGAAGAUGGGACUGGGCCAUGUUUACCACUGUUUGGCAUUCUUUUAAGAACAGUCCAUAAACAUCUGAAAACUGAGGGGACCGGGUGCUGGACUUUUGGGAGAGGAAUGUUAUCUCAUUCUUGUCUGAUGUAUUAUUGUGGCUGCUCAAUAGUCUUGGGACUACUUGAGCAUUUUUUCUGUCUUGAUGCUCCAAAUGAUUUCAGUUGGUGAGAGAUCUGGGCUACAGGAGGCCUAUUUAAGCACCCAGACUCUUCUGAUAUGAAGUGAAUAAAAGUCUUUCAUUGCUGAAGAUGCCUUUCCAGAUCAGUAAUCUGUCAGUUCAUGGGCACUAAUUCACCCCCAGGCUUUUGAACUACUCUUUCUUCUUAAGUCCGGAGAAAUCGCUGGCCAUGUUUACAAAAAAGAAUUUCAAAUUUCAAAUAAGCUGACAACAGAACAGUUUAGUACAUUUUAAAUUACCUUUGACCCUUGAACAUUUCUCUAUCAUCUUCACACAUGGGUUCUUUUUUGCACGACAGAGCUUUAACCUGCAUUUGUGGACAUGCAACAUGGCAACAUGACAUGACAAAAAAAAGUCUUUGCAAUAUUAUGUUGAGUAACAAUAUUCUGAAGUUGCUCCAUAGUUGCUUCUUUUCUUUUGUCUUCUCUUUUUUUGCAGAUUGGUGAACCUCUGCCUCUCUAAAAUGUGUUUUUUUUUAUAGCCAUUCGUGUUACUGAUCUGUUGCCAGUAACCUAAUUAGCUGCAAAACAUUCCUUUGGCUGUUCUUUUUUUAGGUCCACUUACUUUUCCGACUUUUUGUUCUUCCCAUCCCAACUUCUUUUGAGACAUGUUGCUGCCAUUAGAUUCAAAAUCAGCUCAUAUUUUUACCUAAAGUUUUAAAUGUUCUCAGUUUAAAUAUUUGGUAUGUUUUAGAUUUGCUAUUUGCUAUAAAAUAUUGGUAUACUAGAUUUGCAAAUCUUUGGAUUCUGUUUUUAUUUACAUUUUACAACUUCCCAAUUUUUGGGGGUGUUUGUAAGUAAGGUAACAACACAUUACUGAACAGGCAUAAUUUUAUAGAGUAUAGUACAGGCAUAUGUUUCUCAUUGAAGUCUUUCUCUUAGAUCAUACUGCAUAGGUUUUUGUAUAUAAAUUUGUUUCUUAAAGCAAUAACCUACAGUUGCUGUAGUUUCUUUAGUUAACACAGGAUGAAAUCAGUAUCUUGGUGAUGUGCUGUGAAACAAAUAUUUAGAUUAAUGAAAGCUAUGGAUAUUUGUUUCCAUAUUACCAUCCUCAGACUUCUUUUUUUUUACUGGGGAAAGAAUACCAAGAGCUGAUUAUGUCUGAUUCUAUGUUUAUUUCCUUUUAGUGCCACCAAACUGAACUUCCUGGCAGGAUAUGCCAGCUCUCCCACUCUGUCUAUUUCGGUCUCUCUGUCACUCAUUCCAUCUCUGCCCCAUACUGUCACUGUCUGCAUGCGUUUGUGUGGGUGCUGUGUACAUCUGCGUCUGAGCUGUUACUUUGCAUUCUAAAGGUUUAUUUUCAUAGUUUAGGCAAUCAGUGUUGUCGACACUAAAAAUAUUGGAUCCCCUGAUAUCUGGCAACAAUGAUUUUACCUCCAGAUAAAGGGUUUUUAAUAAUUCAGACGCACUGUCAGCUUUCUUUGCUAUGUGUUUAAUCGUCCAUAGAACUGUUCAUUGCAUUUUCAGCCUCUGUUGUAGCAAUACAAUACUGAUGUCAUAACAACCAAUGAAAUGAUGAAAAAUUAUAAAAACAAAGAAAUGAUCGUUAACCAGAAUUGGUUUUUUAAACCACUGACUGUUGAACUACUGUGACACCUCAAUGUGUUUUGCUUUUUUUGCAUGAUAAGAUAGGCUUCAGCCAUUAAAGGUGCUCUGAUUAGAAAUAUGAUGUGUUGCAGUAUGCUCGAUGUAAAUAAAGAGUUGGGAAUGUGCCAUUUAGAACUGUGUUAGAGUAAACACAUUUUUUAUCUUGGACGUCACCACAUCUGAAGUGCAACAACAUCGGUCCACCUCUUCUGACAGAUUAUGUCACCUUUGCUCAGUUUGUUUAUACUGUAAGAGUCGACCCAACCAGCAAAAACUCAUAAAAAUAUACAGAGACAGUUCUUUCUCACACUAUAUAAACUCCUUAGAAAACUCAGGGAUUUUAAGCCAAACUCUUGGUGCUAUGAGGUUGUAGUGCUGCCACAGCAUGCGAGAACAAUAGGAUUUGACUGUCUGGUGGUACAACUAAGCUAACCAUGCAAUACACAAUGACACAAAAUGUAUGUACAUAUGUAGUAGUCAAAAAAAUAAAAUCCUUCUGGUAAUAAUUGUAGUGUCCCUGCAAUGGGUAUUGUGUGGCUGUUCAAUUACUAUUAUCUUGGUGCUUGGAUGAAUGUAUUAUAUUUUUUAUGUAAUUUUUUAACUUUCUGUUUGUUUGUUUGUUUGUUUGCUUGUUUGUUUGAUUGAUUGAUUGAUUUUUUUGUUUGUACUCUUCUAACUAGUAUUGUCUUUUCAUCUCAGAGUCACCUCAAGUCAACGAGUGUGUACCAGCUAGCCACGAUGAAUACCUCAGAUGCCAACAACACUCCACAAUGUUACUCCCUCAAAAGCCCUCCGUUCAAUUACACACGUCCCAUCAGCUCAGCAUACUUCUCAACCAUCUUCAGCACUUUGGGAAUCACCUCAAAUCUCAUUGCCUUCAUUGUUCUUGUCAAAUCUUUCCGACGAAUGCGGAAUCGGUCACGGUCUUUCUUCUUAAUCUUCCUGGCCGGUCUUGUAGUUACUGACUUUAUGGGUCUUUUGGUCACAGGUUCCAUUGUGGUCUCCUUCCAUUUUACACGUUUUAAUUGGCGCCAAGUAGAUCCUAACUGCCACUUCUGCAACUUCAUGGGUAUGUCUAUGGUCUUCUAUGGACUGUGCCCACUGCUGCUUAGUGCCACAAUGGCCAUGGAGCGCUUCUGUGGCAUUAACCGUCCAUUUGCACGCUCCACCAACAUGAGCAAGAGCCGGACAGUCUACAUGGUGCUGAUGGUAUGGUUGGCUGCUGGCUGUAUUGCUUUGCUGCCCUUAAUAGGCAUCGGGAGCUACCACAUACAGGCUCCUGGUUCUUGGUGUUUUUUCAACAUCAGUUCGAAAGGAAGUGAUAUGGUCUUCUCCCUGCUCUUCUCCUUCGUGGGGUUGACUUCAAUCGUUGUGUCAUUUUUACUGAACACAGUGAGUGUGGUGACGCUUAUCAAGGUGUGCUGCGGACAAGACAGGACACAGCGGAGCCGAGACCAUGAAGUCGAGAUGAUGGUGCAACUUAUCUUGAUCAUGAUUAUUGCCUCUAUCAGCUGGUGCCCCCUCCUGAUAUACAUUUUGGUGUGCAUGAAGACUUCUGAAGUUCCUGAUGCUAAUGUGGUUUUGUUCGGCAUACGAAUGGCCACCUGCAAUCAGAUUUUAGACCCAUGGAUUUACAUCAUGUUUCAAGUGUCCCCACUAAGGUCUUUAUUGCUCAAACAGUGUUCUCCAGCGAUCCUCUCUGGGUCAGGAAACUGCUGCUGUACCUCCGCUUUGCCACCUGCAACCAGAUCCUCGACCCAUGGGUUUAUAUCCUGUUCCGGAGGGCAGUCUUUAAGAGAGUCUACCCCCGCUUUGACUGGUCCCGGAGCUCAAUCAUGACUUUGUACCCAUAUUUUCAAGAGACUGCACGCAGAUUCACACGAUCUUCAUUAGGGGGCAACCUGGGCUCAGAUGAAACAGGAGAAACAACAAAGUCAAAUGUCACUUCUCCGUCUACCUUAAAGUCACCUGACUAAGGCUCAUGGUACAGUGUGUGUUUGUUUCUCUGAUCAGAAAUGAGUGAUCACAGGGAUCAGACAUGUACUCUCAGCUCCAUACAUCGCACUGAAGUUAACUAUAUGCACUGCUACCUAGAUAUACUGCUGCAUUAAGUUAACCGUAUUUAAUGUACCAUUAAAUAGGAUAAAUUAUCUUGUUUUGUCUUUGUUUGAUGCAUGCUUAGACCUGAUGUUGUGCUAACCAUUUUAGGAGGAAACCCACAGGCAGCCUAGUCCCAUGAACCUGAAAUAUAGAAACUGUAAUAUUGUAGAAGUGCGUAUUGUUAACAAGAAAUAUCAUAUUAUACUAUAUUCACAUACAUUUGCUAAUAGUUACUCUGACUGAACAUGUCACAAACUCUGAAAACCUAUAAAAGAUUGAAAAAUGUUAAA